AUGGCAGCGUCCUUGUUCCGAGCUUCGCUGAGGGGCUGGAGAACCGGCGUCCAGCCGGGCUGCGGGCUACGGUGGCUGAGCCAGACCCAGGGGCCUCCUGAUUACCCCAGCUUUGUGGAGUCUGUGGAUGAAUACCAGUUUGUGGAGCGCCUGUUACCCCCUACCCGCAUCCCGAAGCCCCCAAAGCAUGAACAUUAUCCCACUCCUAGUGGCUGGCAGCCACCCAGAGACCCCCCACCUAACCUGCCCUACUUCGUGAGGCGCUCUCGUAUGCACAAUAUCCCUGUCUACAAGGACGUCACACAUGGCAACCGCCAGAUGACUGUGAUCCGAAAGGUGGAGGGGGACAUCUGGGCCCUGCAGAAGGACGUGGAAGAUUUUCUGAGUCCACUGCUCGGGAAGACACCAGUCACCCAGAUCAAUGAGGUGACAGGUACCCUGCGGGUCAAGGGCUACUUUGACCAGCAGCUCAAAGCCUGGCUCCUGGAAAAGGGCUUCUGAGGCCCACCCGAGCAGCCUACCUGACAGCGUUCCCCACAACUAGAGUCUGGGGAAGGGGCGGGCCAGGAGGGAGAUGGCUGAAGGACCAACCAGGACAGCAGGUAUAAAUGGCAGGGCUGAGCGCAUAGACGGGUUAAAUGAGGGCUGAGGGCUUCAGAGCAGGCCUUGCUCACAGUAAGGGGGAACGGGACCCUCUACACAGGGGCCAGCACUGGGGGCGGGCUGUCUGACAUUGGACCCUACCUUCAUUGGAGCUCACUGGGCUCAGCUCUUCAAAUUCUGGAGGUUGCUGACUGCCCCUCUGGGGGAAUAGCCCAAUCCAGUUCAGGGCAGGGUGGCACAGGGCAAACGCCCUGAGCACCUGCCUUCCUUGGCCCUCAGACCCUCACUACCACAAAUACCCUUAAGCCCUUGCUCCAGGCCAGACCCAGCUUGGUGGAGGCUACGGAGGACACAGGGAACUCAGGCGUGGGUCCUAGAGGUCUUCAGUUCCCAGCGCAGUCCUGGGCAUAGGCAUAAAGCACCCACGUCAGCCCCUUGGCUCGUUCUUUUCACCCUUGGAGAAGGCGGCCCAGUGGCCUUUGCUCCAUUCUAGGCCAGAGUUGGGCGUGACUAGGUUUCUAGCUCCAGGAAGCUAAGUGAUUAGCUUUAGCUGGUCUGUCCACGAGGGGGUGCUUGGGAGAUUCUAGCGGUCCAGCGCAGAGCAAGCCAUCCUUGCCAGCUUCCUGACCUGGUGUCAGGGGUGGUCAGGGCCUUUGCGGGAAAAAAUAUGCUGGCCUUCUGCCCCUGUCAUCAUUCCCAUCCCACUC